UUUGUUGGAAAUGGUGAUGGAAAUCCUAACUCUUGCAAGUUUACCUCAUCCAAGCAUAUUCCUCUCGAGAUCCAGGACCAGGUGGACUUACAGUCCUCUCAGUCUCAAAUGCUCAGCUCAAUCUCCUCCUUUAGUUGACAAUGCAGAUAAAUUUAUUGAAGGUUCGAAGAAGGGGAACGUGAUUCCUCUAUACCGAUGCAUAUUUUCAGAUCACCUCACUCCUGUUCUUGCUUAUCGGUGUUUGGUUAAGGAGGAUGAGAGGGAUGCUCCUAGCUUUCUCUUUGAAUGCGUUGAGCCCGGCCUUCAGAUGUCCAGUAUCGGGAGGUACAGCAUGGUCGGUGCUCAGCCAUGUAUGGAAAUUGUGGCAAAAGAGAACAUGGUUACUAUUAUGGACCACGAGGCAGGAAGCAGGACUGAGGAAAUUGUUGAGGAUCCAUUGGUCAUUCCUCGUAGGAUCAUGGAAAAGUGGACACCCCAACUAGUUGAUGAACUUCCCGAAGCAUUUUGUGGUGGUUGGGUGGGUUAUUUCUCUUAUGAUACUAUGCGCUAUGUAGAAAAGAAGAAACUUCCUUUUUGUAAUGCCCCACUAGAUGACAGAAACCUUCCUGAUGUUCAUCUGGGCCUUUAUGAUAAUGUGAUUGUGUUUGAUCAUGUUGAAAAGAAAGCAUAUGUGAUUCAUUGGGUUCGGUUAGAUCGAUAUUCUUCUCCUGAGGAAGCCCUCAGUGAUGGAAUGGACCGACUGGAAACUCUAGUAUCUCGUGUGCAUGAUGUAAUUACCCCAAGACUACCUGCAGGUUCAAUAAAGUUAUACACUAGUCUCUUUGGUCCUAAACUGGAGAUGUCAAACAUGACAAAUGAGGAAUACAAGAAGGCGGUAUUGCAGGCUAAAGAACACAUACUGGCUGGUGAUAUUUUUCAAAUUGUACUAAGUCAACGGUUUGAGCAGCGAACUUUUGCAGAUCCUUUUGAAGUCUACAGAGCGCUGAGGAUUGUUAAUCCUAGUCCAUAUAUGACUUAUUUACAGGCCAGAGGGAGUAUUUUGGUUGCUUCAAGUCCAGAAAUUCUUACACGAGUGAAGAAGAGAAAAAUCACCAAUAGGCCCCUUGCUGGGACUGUUAGAAGAGGAAAAACACCAAAAGAAGAUAUCAUGUUGGAGAAAGACCUUUUGAAUGAUGAAAAGCAAUGUGCAGAGCAUGUAAUGCUAGUUGAUUUGGGGAGAAAUGAUGUUGGAAAGGUCUCCAAACCCGGUUCUGUUCAAGUUGAAAAGCUUAUGAAUAUUGAGCGCUAUUCCCAUGUUAUGCACAUAAGUUCAACGGUCACUGGGGAGUUACUGGAUCACUUAACAAGUUGGGAUGCAUUGCGAGCUGCAUUACCUGUUGGUACAGUUAGUGGAGCACCAAAGGUGAAAGCCAUGGAGUUGAUUGAUCAGUUGGAAGUCGCAAGACGUGGGCCAUAUAGUGGGGGAUUUGGAGGCAUAUCUUUUUCUGGUGAUAUGGACAUUGCCCUUGCUCUGAGAACCAUAGUUUUCCCAACUAAUACUCGUUUUGACACAAUGUACUCGUAUAAGGAUGUGAACAAACGCAGAGAAUGGGUUGCCCAUCUCCAGGCUGGAGCAGGAAUCGUGGCUGACAGUGACCCAGCUGAUGAACAAAGAGAAUGUGAAAACAAAGCUGCAGCCCUUGCCCGUGCCAUUGAGCUUGCAGAAUCUUCAUUUGUUGAUAAAUGAUUUGGAUUUAUCCAUCUGUGAUGCAUCCUUUGUGAGAUGAAUAUUGGGGGCAGAUGAUAGGAUUUUAAUCAUUAAGUUAUAGGGAGAAUCCUGAAAACCAUCUUUUGUUAUGUCUUGUGAUAGGGAGCUGUACCUCCGCAAUUCCAUUUUGGGAAGAGGAUGGAGUUGGAAUCAUGGAAAGAAAUGGACAAAAGGUGUUUAAUUAGUUCAUGAUGAAUGUUGACAUGUAUCAUCUAGACAGUGGAAAUUGAGCCCUAUUUAUAAUCGUAAGUGGGGAGGAAACACCGAUAUGGGGUGACCUUAAUAUAAUAAUUAACAAAUUGUGAGAUCGUAGUAUGGGUUCGUAAGAUUGUAUUUAGAACACAAAAUUAUCUGUAAUUUUUUAUGUAAUAAAAAUUUCUAGGAUAGAGAAAGAACUUGAUACUAAUUGUUAAUUGA